AUGGUGCUCAACAGUCCAAGUCAUCGCCAAUCGGUCCUGAUGGUAAUCGGGGUUGCGAUCGUCAGAUUGACCGACUCAGAAGCAUUCUUUUGCGUAAUUAUGCACUGUGACAAGGGAAAUUUGGAUUCGCAGUCAUCGUCACCUUGCAACCAAGAGAAUUUCGAGUAUUGCUGCGACGUCGAAGACCAAAACUCGAAAGAUUUGCUCAUGAUACAUCGCGAUGAUUUCACUGCGUACAGGAUCAAGUAUGUGGCGGAGAGCUUCCAAGACUGUAAUUUCAGGACUGAUCGUGAUGAUCAUCAACGUGACGGCUCCAAGAUCCAAGACUCUUACCGAGGGGACGAGGCCCAGUAG